AGCCUCAGUGCCGGCGCAGUGGCCGGGCCAUCGUGUCCUGUGCCUAGUUUUCUGUGCUCUCUUUUCUCUGAUCCUGUUCGACAGCCGACCACGAUUCCCUAGAGAGAUCGUCCUUUUUACCAACCCUGGACCUGGUGUGUGUCACGCUCCCUGUCUUCACAGUAGCCAACGUCAUCUUGAUCAACGACUUUUUUUCUUUCUUGCUCGUUGGAUGAUCCUUCGGCUCUGUUGCGUUUCUCGCCUCCUCUCUUAUCGACGCGUAUCGUACCAGUCCAAGUGUGACGCGUACACCGAGAAGACGUAACCGGAAUGAGAAUCGUGUCGUCGUCGUUGUCGUGACGCGUAUUCUUGACACUCUCGAGUUCUAAGGUCCUGCCGUUGAAGGAUCUUUGUUCUACUACGGUGUAUACGGAAGCAUACUUUGGUAUUUUCUUGUGUUCGACGUAUUUUGACUUCCACUCUGUGCGAACAACGUCCGCGGUUGCCAAACGAAUCAGCACAAACAGAGGAAGAAGGACACCCUGCCGGGCAGCAGUCGGGAGGAUCACAGGGCGAAGAGGUGGGAGCCAUGCCGCCCGGGCGAGCUUCCCUCGAGGUAGCCAGGAUCGUCCGGCAUCCCUGUCCUUCCACAGUACUGCGUUCUGAUCGCCUCUUUUGAGGUGAGGAACUGUGGAUUGCUGGUGUAAGACCUCGGCCCCAGGAGUGGCCCGGGGGUUACCCUGGGGACCUUGGGCAAGUGUUUGUGCAAGGACGAAGCUGUUAAGAACGACGAAGGACACGGGAGGCGGAGGAGGAGGCCGCUAUGAACGCCAGCGUCAACAUCGAGAGGAACUCCUGGCGGCUGCCUCCCGACGAGACCGUCCAGGUCGCCGAUCCCCGUUCAAAGUCAGCCCAGGUAAAAGAGGAUCUAACGUACGCGGAGGGCGGCCACAAUUGGCGGAGCAUAAUCUUCUCGUUGUUGGUCAUCGGCUUCGUUAUCGCCGGGAUCGUCACGGCCAUUUACCUUCUCGGGUACGUCGACGAGCUGUUGUACUGGAGCGGCAGACGGCUCACGUUAGACGAGUGCCUUCGUGAUGAUCUAACGCCGCAUAGGUUAACACCGACUUGGGUUGCCCACGACAAGUUUGUCUAUCAGGCUGACGACGGUUCCCUCACUCUCCUGGACACCAGCAACAAUUCCGUGUCCCUUCUGGUCUCUAAUCACACGCUCAGACAGCUGAACGUUCAAGGCUACCAGUGCAGCGGCGAUCUGCGUUUUGUGUUGUUCAAACACAAUGUCAAGCCGGUGUACAGAAAUACCUUCACCGCAUACUAUACAGUCUACGACGUCACGAACGACCAUCACACGCCUCUUCGUCUACACAUGUCGGGGAGAAUGCAGCAAACGCGAUUACAACACGCAACUUGGUUGGGUAACACGUCUGGCCUCCUGAUGAUCUCUGAGAAUGAUAUUUACGUGAGGAUAGCACCCUCCGCGGCGGAAGACGUGCGGAUAACCGAUACAGGUGUCCCUGGAGUAAUUUAUAAUGGCGUGCCAGACUGGUUGUAUCAGGAGGAAGUGAUGCCGCGGCCAGAAGCAACCUGGCCUAGUCCCGAUGGCACGCACCUUCUCUUUGCUAGCUUCAAUGACACCAAGGUCACUGCCCUGGAAUUCCCUUGGUUCAGUAGCCAACCGGGUCAGGAUGGGCCCAGUUCCAGUCCCUUGUCCACGCCUAGGAGAGGCUCAUUCCCACCAUCGAGGUCAAUUAGAUAUCCUACUCCCGGCUCGUUCAAUCCAGAGGUCGAUCUGUGGCUCAUGGAAUUGAGCAACCUGACCAACUCCUACAAUGGAAAUGGAACAGCGAACUCGACGACCCUCUUCAGGAUAAGGCUGAAGCCGCCACCUGCUUUGGACGGGCAAGAAUAUUAUCUGAUAUCUGCGGGUUGGGUGGGCGACGACUCCAGCCAAGUAGCGGUCGUCUGGAUGAGCAGAUCGCAGAAUCUCUCGUUGGUAUCCGCUUGUCGAGCACCAAUGUGGGAAUGUGAGGAGACUCACUCCGAGAGAGCGCCAGAAGGACAAUGGUUAGACGCACAACCUCAUCCCCUAUUCGCCCCUGAUGGUGACAGCUUCUUGCUACUAGCUGCUGUUCAGGAAGGCGAUAAAGAGCACUUCACCCACAUCAAGCACGUAACCUUAACACAGCAAAGGAUAGCGGUCCUAUCUCACGGUCGUUACGAGGUGAGUGAAAUCUUAGCGUGGGACACGAAAGCCCAUUUGGUGUACUAUUUGGGCACUAGGGAAAGAAGGCCAGGUCAGAGACAUCUUUAUGUCGUUCGUGAUCCUACUGCUGAUGAUCCUCGACGUCUGGAACCGCUCUGCGUCACGUGUGAUCUUGGCGAAGUUCUAUGGAGCAGUAGGUUCUACUACACCAACUGCACGCAUUUUGGUGCAUCCGUAAGUCCACCAAACGGAGACGAAACUCAGGGUUACUAUGUUCUCUACUGCGAAGGUCCAGGCCUUCCACUAGCCGGUGUCCACUUGAUGACCUCUCACAAAAUGAUUCGCGUGUUAUAUGACACGCGAAUCCAACGGGGAGAUAAACUUUCUCAGCUGGCGUUACCAACUCGAAGAAGCUUCGAGGUACCCCUACCUCAAGGCUGGAAGGCACAAGUGCAGCUAUUAUUACCGCCUUCGUGGCGAGAGGAGCUCAGAGACGCGGCAUUUCCUGUCUUGGUUGAAGUGAACGGUCGUCCAGGAAGCGAAGCAGUGACUGAUCGAUUCAAGAUCGACUGGGGGACCUACAUGUCUAGCCACAAUGAUGUAGUUUAUGUCAGGUUGGAUGUUCGUGGCGCUAGAGGUCAAGGAAAACGAGAUCUGUUCAGGCGAAUCGGUGGCGUCGAGGUUCAAGAUCAGUUGACCGUACUGAGGCACUUGCUAAAGACUCUGAAGUACCUAGACGUCACGAGGGUGGGAGUGUGGGGUUGGGGAUACGGCGGCUACGUGACUGCCAUGGUGUUGGGUAGCCAGGAGAACGUGUUCAAGUGUGGCGUUGCUGUGAAUCCUAUUGCGGAUUGGCUCUAUUACAAUUCCGCGUUUACGGAGCGAAUCCUUGGUGCCCCAGCAGAGAAUUAUAAAGGUUACGUAGAGGCUGACCUGACCCAGCGUGCAAGGUUGGUGCCCAGUCAUAGCCUCUACCUUCUUCACGGUCUAGCCGACCUCACAGCGCCUUAUACGCACGGUGUCGCCUUCGCUAAGGCUCUGUCCGAAGCGGGUAUCAUCUUCAGGUACCAGAGUUACGCGGACGAAGACCACGCCUUAUCAGGUGUGUUGGAACACGCUUAUCGUUCCAUGGAGGACUUCCUCGCAGAGUGCCUCGCCCUGGACGCGUCCUAGUGCCUCAAGCCGAACGCUCCCUCGUUGUCUCUAGCUCGCCUACUUCUGAUACAUCCCAGAUUGAUCUGGAUGCUCGUCAAGAAGGCUGCCGUCGUUCAGGACUAGACUAGCUUCGAGUAAAUAGAUAUAUCGGACGUCACGGAAUACACUGGUCCUGAUCGUUACGUAUCAGACCAACGAAAACGCGAACGAAACAAAAAUAGCAAAGAAUCGUAUAGAAGAAAAAAUAACGAAACGACUAAAAUUAAUGCUAGUCUGUAUCGAAGUCAAGGAUGCUUGUGACGCAGAGAAUGAUUACGCGUAGAAGACAAGCGAUGAUGAGAGGGAUGAGGUAAACUUAGUGUUUGUAUAAGUAAUACCAUUAAAUAACGUUAUGUAUCAGUCGCCUGCAUCAGCCUGCGGAUUCCUCUUUGCUACGAACAACUUUCACUUUGCUCUUUGGACGCGCACCCCGAAUAAAUUUCUAGUUUAGAAUCUACCCCAGCCAUCCAGAGAACUAUGACACAGUUCACUGGCGCUUGGGCACUUUCAGAUUCUGCAAGCUCGAGAUUCACGCGUUUUCUCAUCUUAAGAUCUAUCUCUUACGAUCCACGAAAGAAAUUACACAAAAAUUCAAGAGAA